UCGAUGAAUUAUUGCUUUAAGAUACUUAAUUUAGAUUGUUCAAGAAAUAAUAGCAAUUGAUAUUCGAUUCCUAUAUUGCUCUAUAGAAUCCAUUUGGAAAUCAUACUGAGGGUAAUAUUCUUUCACACGUUCAAUGAGUGUGCUGGCUCUGAAACUGAUAGGAAAGGUGUGAAUAGCCCAUAAAAAGUACGCGACAACAGCAAAGCAACACUGUUAUUGUAGUAUUCCUCGGAUCCCAUAGAAACAGUUGUAUUUACUAACCUACCUGACCGAACGGUGAUAACAAAAUGAACACAAAGGCUACUACGAUUAAGGAAGCUCUCAAACGGCUGGAAGAUCGCACGAAGACAAACUCCAGCGAUGAACGAGAAAUUGAUUUAUGCUUUCAAUGGCCCCCUAUAGAAAAGAUGGACGCCACGCUAUCGGCAUUAGUUACGUGUGAAAAGCUUUCUUUAUCGACAAACAUGAUUGACAAAAUUUUCGGUCUUAGCGGCAUGAAGAAUCUGCGUGUACUUUCGCUAGGAAGAAACUAUAUCAAAGCGAUUUCCGGAUUGGAAGGAGUCAGCGAUACCUUGGAAGAACUUUGGAUCAGCUACAACCUGGUUGAAAAGCUGAAGGGGAUUAGCGUACUGAAAAAGCUAAAGGUUCUGUACAUGAGCAACAACCUCGUCAAGGAUUGGAUGGAAUUUAACCGACUAGCGGAUCUACCGGUACUGGAGGAUUUACUUUUCGCUGGAAAUCCCUUGGUCGAAACGAUGGAGGAAAGCGUUUGGCGUGCGGAGGCCAGCAAACGGUUGCUUUCGUUGCGAAAGUUAGACGGAGAAACGGUCAUACGGGAAGAAAGCGAAAGCCAGCAACAGCCGCAGCAGCAAGCACCAGCGCAGCCGGAAAAGGCUUAGAUAGA